ACAAAGAACCAGUCGAAACUCUACAGGACCCCUUUGAACAUUCAUCCCCGCCCCCGUUUUGAAAUUUCACUUAACUUUUUCUUAAGGGCUGCGGACAUACAGUACAAGAUCCAGUCUCUGCGUUGCAAAAUUGUUGUCCCGCAAAUGAGAACUUAAAGGGAAUUAUUCCUUGUUUUUUAAAGGAUUUUGAUUAGCUGGUAUCAUUUUUCCUAUGUUAAUGGACAGAGUCAUUGAAACCAUACACGCUUGUUUUAAAAGAAACGUUGGAUCCUAUCGCUUCGAAUCGCGUUAGAGAUAUUUAAAAUAUUUUGAAUCUUUACCCAAAGGAUAGUAAAGUUUUUUGUGUUUUACAAAAAAAAAACAAUUAAAUUUAUACAUGCUAAUGGUGUGAUGAAAAGAUAAAAUGAGUAGCGCUUGGAUAAAGUGUUGCAUCUUUGCGCUGUGGAUAUGGAACAACCAAGUGACCGGCGCUCCCCGGGCAGAGGAGCAUCCGCUCCCCUCUGAAAGUGCCUCCACCUUGGCCUUCGUCUUCGACGUUACCGGCUCAAUGUACGACGACCUCAAGCAGGUGAUAGACGGAGCCUCCCGGAUCCUGGAGAAAACCCUCAGCCGGAGAGCAAGACCCAUCAGGAAUUUCGUGCUCGUCCCCUUUCACGAUCCAGAUAUCGGGCCGGUGUCCAUCACCACUGACCCAAGGCAGUUUCAGCAUGACCUUCGUGAGCUCUUUGUGCAGGGAGGAGGGGAUUGCCCCGAGAUGAGCGUGGGUGCCAUCAAGCGGGCACUGGAGGUGUCCCUGCCCGGUUCCUUCAUUUAUGUCUUCACAGACGCCCGAGCUAAGGACUACCGCCUCAAACGUGAUGUUCUCCAGCUGGUACAGCUUCGACAGUCCCAGGUAGUCUUCGUGUUGACGGGAGACUGUGGGGAUCGCUCACACCCCGGUUACCGUGUCUACGAAGAGAUCGCCGCUACCAGCUCUGGGCAGAUCUUCCACCUGGACAAACAGCAGGUCAACGAGCUCUGGGCCUGGGUGGAACGNACGGUGCAAGCCAUGAAGGUCCACCUGCUGUCUUCAGACCACGAAUCUGCCCAGGAGAAUGAGUGGAAUGUGCCCUUUGACCCCAGCCUGAAGGAGGUGACAGUGUCCCUCAGUGGGCCGGCUCCACAGAUAGAAAUGAAGGAUCCUUUUGGCCGCCACGUUGGAGAAGCUCAUGGACUAACGGAACUCUUGAGUAUCCCAAACUCUGCCCGUGUGGUGAAUGUAAAGAACCCCAGACCUGGAAUCUGGACUCUGAAGGUGGGCUGCAGUGGCCGACACACACUCAGAGUCACUGGCGUCAGCAACCUGGACUUUCGGGCUGGAUUCUCCAUCUUACCAGUGUCUGAGUUCAACCACACAAGGGAACGGCCAGUUCAAGGCGUCCCGGCCCAUGUUCUUCUGAAAUGCUCGGGGCUUUCUCCGCCAGGCCUGGUCAGCCACACGGAGCUGGUCUCAGCCUCCGGACGCUCCCUGCGCACUCUCCCCGUCCCCCUUCCCUCAGACAAGGGUGCCCGUGGGCUCUGGAAUGUCCCUGAGUUCCACUCUCCCUCUGAGAGGUUCUUCCUACGAGUGUCCGGCAAGGAUGCUGACGGUUACAGGUUCCAGAGGCUGUCCAGUGUCUCGUAUACCAACAUCAUCCCAGGGCCUCCUUCAGUGAGCAUGCCCAGUACAAUCACAGGCUUCUACAUGCAGCCCACUGUGAUUGGCUGCUCCGUGGAAAGCGAAGUCCCUUACAGGCUGAGAAUCACCAGGAGUGGAGUCCGGAUCGGGGAAGAAAAAACCUUUCAGUCCUCUGACAAAGCAUCAUGGGAAAUCCCACGCGUUUCUGGGGAGGACGAGGGGGCGUACGAGUGUGUGGCCGAGAGCAGAGUGGGCCGGGGUCGGGCCGAGACGCAGCUGGUUGUGAAAGACCCCCUGCCGGUCCUGAAGCCCCCUGCCAACGUGACGUCCCCCCGGGGGGCCCGGGCUGUGCUCGUCUGCCAGGUGGAGGGUGCCACGCGGUACAACAUGACGUGGCGUCGGGACGGGCAGCGCCUGGGCGCGGCCGGCACCGGCAGAGCGCGAGUCCUGAGGAACUCCUCACUGGAGAUCGAUCCCGUCGGACCCCAGGAUGUAGGGGAGUACCAGUGUGUGGCCAGCAACACACAAGGCCAGAGCAGGGCCAGUGUCUGGCUGCUAGUCCCAGAGGUCCCUUCUGUGGUCGUCACUCCCCGCAGGCUGGCCUUUUCCCGGGGGGGCGAUGUCCGCUUCGUUUGCACGGCCUCGGGGUCUCCCGCCCCCCAGGUGUUCUGGACCUACAAGAACAUGUUUCUGAUGAGCAGAAGCAGAGUGUCCAUAUCAAAGCAUGGAACGCUGACCAUCAGAGCGGCCCUCCCAGAGGAUGCUGGGAACUACACCUGCCUGGCGUCCAACGAAGCUGGCACGGCCAAUCAGACAGUCACCCUGAGCUAUGAAGAGCGGCCCAGCAUUACCGUGGCCAGACGUGUGGUGCUGGUGGUUGCCGGCGAGGACGCCCUUCUGGAGUGCCAAGCCACGGGGACUCCGCCCCCCCUGGUCAGCUGGAUCAAAGGCGACCAGCAGGCGGCGCUGCUCCCAUUCGCCAUGCAGGACGGGCAGCGUGGCACGCUCCGGCUUCCCGGGGUACAGGAGGAGCAUGCGGGGGAGUACAUCUGCGUGGCCAGCAGCUCAGCUGGAACUGCGUCUGCAACUGUCACCCUGGAGGUUGGAGUUGCCCCCCAGCUCUUCAGCAUCCCCCAUGACGUCUCUGUGGAUGUGGGGGAGAACGUAACCCUGCCCUGCUCCGCUCGCGGCUUCCCGAUGCCGUCGGUGACGUGGAGCCGAGGGGACGGGCGGCCGGUCUCCCGGGGGCCCGAUGGGCACGCUGGGGCCCUGCAGCUCCACUCGGGGGGGCUCCUCAUCCACAGUGCAUGGAUUGAUGAUGAAGGCCUGUAUACCUGCGAGGCCCAGAACCAGUUUGGAUCCAUACGUGCCGAAGCUCGAGUGACCAUCACUGGCCUGGAACCCCCGGUUUUGGCUCGUGGGGCCUCAUCACUCACCACCGUGAUUGGUCAGCCAUUGACUAUUCCCUGCAUGCUGAUGGACGGAAUUCCUUUGCCGGAGAGAUACUGGCAACAUAACGGAAAACAAGUCCAACUCAGCACCAGGACCUACCUAAAGAGUGAUGGUAGCCUGCACAUUGAUAGGGUCAUCCCUGAGGAUGCUGGGACGUAUGUCUGCACCGCCAUCAAUGUAGUGGGGUCAGCGAACCUCUCUGUCACCCUGGAUGUGCAUGAUCCCCCAGAGAUUAGGCCAGGUCCCCUGCAUUACAUCGCUAAUGAGGGCGUGGCCAUCACCCUGACCUGUGAAUCUGGCGGGUGGCCGAAGCCGACCUUGGUCUGGACUAAGGGACGGGAUCCCCUGCCCAGCCACACCUCUCUGCUCCAUCAGGGACCAGAAGGGCAGCUUCACAUUCCCAGUCCCACAGCAGAAGAUGCUGGAAUCUACGUGUGCACCGCCAGCAGCCCCGCGGGCUUUGCCAGCCGGGAGACGCAGCUCAGUGUCAACACGAAGCCGACCCUGGUGGGCAGAAGUGACCACGAAACCACAGUAAAGAUGGCCGUCGAAGCCGGGUCCGAGGUCAUCCUUCCAUGUGAGGCCCAGGGCAGCCCCACUCCUCUGGUCAUAUGGCUCCGGGACGGACGCCCCAUCCCCCCAGUGUCAGCUUGGUUCACUGUGCUGCCCUCUGGCUCUCUGAAGAUCUCUGAUGUCAGGCUCAUCGACAGCAAGUUCUACACCUGCGCCGCAGUGAACCCGGCAGGAAAUGUGUCACUCACCUACAAUCUCCGUGUACAAGUUAAGCCCAGAAUCGAGCCCGUGCCCUCGGUGGUGAAGGCCCUGUUGGGCCAGACGGUCACCCUGCCAUGUGCUGCCCAGGGUGAGCCCUUCCCGGAGAUCAGCUGGUCCCGGGAUGGGGUGGCUCUUGGGCAAGGCGAGGCCCACUGGAUCCGUAGUGUGACACACAAGGAUGGGGGUACAUACCACUGUGAGGCUGAGAACAGUGCCGGGAAGGACACCAAGGAGAUGGUGCUGCAGGUCCUGGAGGCUCCAUCUUUUGUGGACACUGGAGCCGCUGUCAUGGAGACGGUAGCUGGGAGCAAGGUGGAGAUUCCUUGCUUUGCAGGAGGUUCCCCGCCACCAAAGAUCCGCUGGUUUAAGAAUGGCCUGGAGAUCCGGCCUGACCGGACCGUUGCCGACGUCUCCGUGUCACAGAACGGCUCCCUCAUGAUCGCUGCCGUCUCUGCCAGUCACAGUGGAGAUUUCCGGUGUGUGGCCACCAAUGAGGCGGGCUCCACAGAGAGGAAGACCCGCCUCAAAGUGAACGUCCCCCCAGAGAUGCAGGAGGACAUGCAGCCCCUAAACCUCACUGUCACCCUUCAGCAGCCGCUCACCCUGGCCUGUGACGCCUUUGGCGUUCCCCCCCCUGCCAUCACCUGGGCCAAAGAUGGCCGACCCGUGGUGGAUACCCCUGGGGUGUACCUCCAGAAUGCAAAGCGGCUGCUAAGGAUCUUCCGCGUGCAGGCGGAACAUUCCGGGCAGUUCUCCUGCACAGCUGUCAACACAGCUGGGGAGGCCAGGAGGAACUACAACAUUGUGGUUCAAGCCCCUCCGGUGAUCUCUGGCUCCUCGGGGGUGCAGGACCUGGUGGUGGUGGUAGGUCAGGAGGUGGAGCUACAGUGUCGAGUCAGUGGACAUCCAGUGCCCAGGGUGGAGUGGAGCCGCGAUGGGGAGGUUCUCUCCCGCAGUGGGGACCCCCACGUCCUGUUCUCCGAGGGGGGCCAGGUGAUGAGGGUGAAGUUGGCUAGGCUCAGGGACCAUGGUCAGUACCAGUGUUUGGCGAUCAACGACGCUGGGACUCAAAGCCGCCAGUACAGAGUCAACGUUCAGGCACCCCCUACUGUCCGAGGCUCAAGCGAGCGCUCCGAGAUCUCGGUGGUGCUGGGCUUCCCCGCUGUCCUCUCGUGUGAGGUGGAGGGUGUCCCUGCUCCCAGCCUCACCUGGCUGAAAGAUGGCCAUCCCCUGGUCUCCGGGCCCCGGCUGACCUACGAGCACGAGGGGCAGAGCCUGAAACUGGGCGUGGCGCGUGCUGACGACGCCGGGAUCUACACCUGCCGCGCCACCAACCCCGCUGGCACUGACAGCAGGCACUACACCCUGACGGUGCUGGUUCCACCCAAGAUUGAAGGAAGCGCCGGUGGCAGCGAAGCCAAAGUCCGGGUCAGUGGCACCCUGGUCCUGUCCUGCUCAUCCAGAGGCUUCCCUGAUCCUACCACCCAGUGGUUCCGAGACGGACAGCCACUAGGGGACCACACUCCCACCGGGGUCCGGGUUGAAGGCCAUCUCCUGCACAUCGAGAAUGCUGUGCGGACCCACGAGGGGCGGUAUACCUGUGUGGUCUCCAAUGCCGCCGGAGAGGAAAAGAGAGACUUCCAUGUCACCGUUCAGGUGCCCCCUAUCUUUCAUCGCGUUAACAAUGGCCCAGCAGCCUGGGGUCUGGGAGUAGAGGAAGAAGAAUGGGCAGAGGAAGGGGUGGAGAUCACAGAGAGGCAGGAAGUGGUGCUGGGCCACCCGGCCACCCUGUCGUGCGAGAGCAAUGCCAUCCCCCCUCCGCACCUCACCUGGUACCACCAGGGACGCCAGCUCUCUACCAUGGAUGGCGUGGUGCUGCUGCCUGGCGGUCAGGUCCUGCAGAUCCCGCAGGUCCGGAAGGAGCACGCCGGGAAGUACACGUGCCAGGCAGUAAACGAGGCGGGAGAGGACCGCAUGCACUUCCAGCUGGAGGUGCUGGGUAGUGUGCCCGUGUUCAAGAGCAGUGUGAAGUGGAAGUGGGCCAUUCGGGGGAAUCGUCUGGAGUUGGGUCCUCUCCAGCUUUCCCAUGCUGGCAUCUAUACCUGUGUGGCCAAGAACAUCGAGGGAGAGUCACGCAAGGAGUACAGGCUGACUGUGCAAGUUGCCCCCACAAUCCUGGACUCAGGCUAUGCAUCUGAGAUCAGUGCACCAAUUGGAGACAAGCUGUCCUUGGAGUGUCGUGCAACAGGCAUCCCGACACCCCAGCUGACCUGGCUGAAGGACGGGGAAGCGCUGGACUCUGUCGAUAUUCAACAUUUGCGCUUGUCUCCAGAUGGGGGGACUCUUACCCUGCUGACUCUGCGGCCAGAGGACUCUGGGACAUACACCUGUUUGGCUGUCAGUGCAGCUGGGCGGGAAAGCAAGGUCUUCACUCUCUCUGUGACAGAGCCCCCAUCCAUAGAGGGUAUGACAGAAACCCCCCAGGAGGUGCAGGCCUCCCUGGACAGCAUGGUGACACUGGAGUGCCACGCAGUGGGCAGCCCCCUACCCCAGAUCAGCUGGUUGAAGAAUGGGCGGCCUCUACUCCUCUCUCCCCGCACCCGCCUCCUCUCUGCUGACAAGGUCCUCAGGAUCUCACCAGUCCAGCUGUCCGACUCUGGUAUCUACACGUGUGUGGCUCGAAGCCAGGCAGGUCUGGCUGAGCUUAGCUACAACCUUCUGGUCCAAGUACCUCCAUUAUUGGCUCACAUGGAGCCAGUGGAGCAGGUGACAGUGGUGCAAGGGUCACUGGUGACGCUAUCGUGUGAGGCCCGGGGCAUGCCUCCACCCUCCCUCUCCUGGUUGAAGGACGGUCAACCUCUGUCGCUGCACCGAAACCUGCUUCUGGAUGGCCAGGAGACACGGCUGCAUCUCACUGCUGUGGCAUCCCAUGAUGCCGGCCUCUACAGUUGUGUGGCCAGUAAUGCAGCUGGCAGCAGCACCAAGACCUUCAACCUGACGGUUCUGGAGCCUCCUAAGAUCAGCUCAGGUUCUCCAGAGGAAGUGUCCGUCCCUGUGAACAGCCUCCUAGAACUCGAGUGUGUGGCUGAAGGGGUUCCCCCUCCCACUCUUAGCUGGCUUAAGGAUGGGCUCCCCCUAGUGGAUGUGGACAUUGUGCAGGGAGACGGGGCGCUUCUGAGGAUCACUGAGGUGCAGGUGGAGGAUGCAGGACUGUACACCUGCCUGGCCAGCAGUCCUGCUGGAGAGGAUGGGAGGAACCACUGGGUUCAUGUUCAAGUGCCUCCAACCCUUCUGGGUGCUGGUGAUUUCAGGACUGUGACUGUGGUGACCAAAGGUCACCUGACUCUGGAGUGUCAGCCAGACAGUGACUCUCCACCUGACAUCAAGUGGCUCAAAGAUGAUAUCCAGCUACAGGUGACCGGACGCAUCCGGAGCCUGGCAGGGGGACAGUUUCUGGAGAUCCAGGAUGCACAGCCCCAGGAUGGCGGCCACUACAGCUGUGUGGUUUCCAACACGGCGGGGAGCACCAGCUUGUCCUUCGUGGUGAAGAUCCUCUCGCCGCCGCUGGUCAAAGCUGGGCUGUCAAUGGUGACAGCGCAUGUCAAUCAGCCUGCUGUGCUACCCUGCGAGGCUGAAGGAGAGCCCACCCCCUCGGUCACCUGGAGGAAAGAUGGAAACCCACUGCCGCUGGAAGAGGGCAGGUUCACCAGUGCAGCGGAGGGAUCGCUGCGCAUCGGGGCAACCCAGGCGUCUGAUGCCGGUCGGUACUACUGCGUGGCCUCCAACCCUGCUGGUUCUGAUCACCGUGGAAUGGACCUGCGCGUGUUCGUGGGUCCUUCCAUUGGUCCUGGCCCCUUCAACGUCACCAUGACGACGGGCAUGAGGGCAGUCCUGAGCUGUGACACCAUAGGUGUACCUCCACCCAAGGUGUCCUGGAGAAGAAAUGGGACACCCCUCGACCUCACCCAGCAGUCCGGAGCCUACAGGUUACUCUCCUCUGGCUCCCUGGUCAUUCUGGCCCCGUCUGAUCAGGAUGAAGGAUAUUUCGAAUGCACAGCAGCCAAUGAGGUUGGAGAGGAGCGAAGGGUCAUUGAGGUCAUCCUGCAAGCUCCUCCUUCCAUCGUGGAUGAUGUCACCUCCGUCACAGUAGUGACGAUGUCACCUGUGGUCUUGCCGUGUCACGCGCUGGGACGUCCCAAGCCCAGUGUGAGCUGGACCAAAGGGGGGGCGCAGCUCAGCUCCCGGGGGGCCAGCUAUCGGGUCCUGCCAACAGGGGCUCUGGAGAUCCUUGCUGCUGUCCCCAGCCACACGGGCAGGUACACCUGCUCCGCCCGCAACACCGCUGGCGCCGCACACAAGCACAUCAGCCUUACCGUGCAAGAGCCACCGGAAAUACAGCCCAUGGCCGAGGAAGUGCAAGUGCUGUUGCAUCGUGGGAUUGCUCUGUCCUGUGACGUCCAAGGCUUCCCCAGACCGUCCAUUACUUGGCAACGGGAGGGCGUACCCAUAGCAACUGGUUCGCGGCUGGCGGUCCUUCCCCGCGGCGAGCUGCACUUCUCUCGGGUGACACUGGGUGACGCUGGCGUGUACGAGUGCCUGGCGAAGAACGAGGCUGGCACGGCGACGGGGAGGACACGGCUCGUCCUACAAGUGCCCCCCGUGAUCACCGCAGCGCACCCGGAGCAGGUGGCGGUGCUGGGCCAGCCAGUCAGCCUGCGAUGCCAGGUGGAGGGCCAACCGACGCCUGAGAUCACAUGGCUGCGGGACCGGCGGCCCGUGGCCGAGGGGGCGCGGCUGCGAAUGUUCGCCAAUGGCACUCUGUGGCUCGCUGCUGUGCAGCGCACAGACAGCGGCCUCUACACCUGCUCCGCCAGCAACCCGGCCGGCCGCGGUAGUGCUGAUGUCCGGCUCAUUGUCCAUGUUCCACCAAUGAUUCCAGUUGGACAGUCGGAACUGUCCGUCAUCCAGGGAUUCCAGGCCCUUCUGCCCUGUGCUGCCCAGGGUUCUCCAGAGCCCAGGGUGACAUGGGAGAAGGAAGGUGUGGCGUUGAGGGCCGUCCCGGGGAAGUUCACCAUGCUGCGUUCUGGGGAGCUGAUCAUCGAAAGGGCAGAGCCGGCUGACGCGGGCAUGUACACAUGUGUGGCAGUGAACACCGCUGGCACGGCCCGACAGCAGGCUCAUCUACAUGUCAACCGGCGCCCCGCCUUCAAGGAGCUGCCUGGCGAUGUGACCCUGAACGUGGGCCAGCGCCUCAGCCUGUCCUGCCAUGCCCAGGGAACGCCCACACCCGCUGUCAUGUGGAUGGCCAACAACAGCCCCUUCCCAGGGCCCAGUGUGGAUGAGGCUGGCCGGAGCUCCCUGCUCAUCGAGAACGUGACUCUGACUGACGCAGGCACCUAUGUGUGCGUGGCUGAGAACAGCGUGGGCGCCAUCCGGGCGCUCUCCUUUGUGCGGGUUCGGGAGCCCCCAGUCCUGAGAGGGGAGGCGCACACCAUCCAGACCGUGGCACUGGGGCGCUUGGCCAUGCUGGACUGUCCGAUGCGAGGUGACCCCAUGCCCACCCGGCGCUGGAGCCGAGAUGGCCGCCCCCUGCUGAACACUCUGCGCUUACACAGCCUUCACAAUGGCUCCCUAGCCAUUUAUGGCGUGCUGAGCGAUGACUCUGGGGAGUACCGGUGUGUGGCAGAGAGUGAGGCAGGGUCAGCUGAGCGCAGCAUCUCACUCAGAAUACAGGUUCCAGGUGUCUACUCCAAUUGGGGCCAGUGGGGUCCCUGCAGUGCCACCUGUGGACAGGGGCUCCAAGAGCGAACCAGAUUGUGCAAUAAUCCAGCCCCAGCCAAUGGUGGAGCACCAUGUCAAGGAGCAAGCACUGAAACGAAGACCUGUCAAUCUAGGCUUUGCCCUGGGGAGGUGCCCAGGAGGGCUCGGGGGAGCCUCAUUGGCAUGGUGAAUGAGCAAGAAUUCGGCGUUGCCUUCCUGGAGGCCAACAUCACGGAGAAGAAUGAACAGGGCAGCAGCAUUUUGGAGGGACACAUAGAAAACGUGCCUACCAGUGUGGGGCCUCUACUGCGAGUGCUGGUGUCUGUCUUCGCCCCUAUCUACUGGACCACCGUAUUGCAGAUGGCUGCUACCCAGAACGGCUUUUCCCUGACCCAGGGUCUGUUCCGGCAGGAGUCCCAGCUGGAGUUUGAGUCAGGGGAGAUCCUGAGGCUGACUCACGUGGCCAGGGGCCUGGAUGCUGAGGGAAUCCUCCUGGUGGACAUUGUCAUCAAUGGCUUUGUUCCUCGAAUCCUCUCUGAUCUGCCUAUCAGCUUGCAGGAAUUUGACGAGUCAUACGUACGUACGGGACCCGGGCAGAUGUAUGCCUGGUCUUCCCAAAGUCACCUGCAAGGCGGCGCUCCGUUUCCGCUGCGCUGCAACCACACGAUGGUGUACGAGGAAGGCCCCGAGCGCCAGGGGCCACUGCUGCAGCUGCUGAGAGUGUCCGCCAUUAGUGGGGCUUACAGUUGGACAAGCCUCAGCCUGGACUUCCAGCUCACCGCCUCGCUGAUCCUACCGGAUGGCGAAGGAGAGAGUUGCCCCAAAGGGUUUGUGCUGGAUGCAGCCUCAUUCUGUGCAGAUGAAGACGAGUGUGUCUCUCAGGCCCCCUGUGAGCACUCCUGCCAGAACCUCAUGGGUGGCUUCUCAUGUGCCUGUCCCUCGGGUUUCACCAUCUCCCCCGUGUCCCACACCUGUCAAGACAUCGAUGAGUGUGACCAGGGCUCCCACAUGUGUCAGUACAACCAGCAAUGUGUGAACACCGAAGGGGGCUAUCGCUGCCAAGCCCAGUGCGGCCCCGGGUUCAAGCCCAGUGUCGCCGGAACCAGCUGUGAAGAUGUGGACGAAUGCCAGGAGUCUUCCAUCUCCCCCUGUCAGCAGAAGUGCCUGAACACCUUGGGCUCCUUCCGAUGUGCCUGCCAUGUGGGCUACCAACUCUCUGGUUCACGCUGCUUAGACAUCAACGAGUGCACCCGCAAUGUGUGUCCAGCCCACCAGCAGUGCCGCAACACUGACGGGAGCUACCAGUGCUUCGACGGCUGCCCCGCCGGCAUGGUACAAGUCGAGGAUGGGGCGUGUGUGGAUGUUGAUGAGUGCCAGGAUGGCAGCCACAUGUGUCGCUACAGCCAGGUUUGCCAGAACACAGUGGGGGGGUACAGCUGCCUGUGUCCCCGAGGAUACCGGUCCCAGGGGCUUGGCCAGCCGUGUCUGGACAUCAACGAAUGCCUUCAGGUUCCCAGUCCUUGCGCCCACCAGUGCCGCAACCUUCCAGGCAGUUUCCGGUGCCUGUGUCCGCCAGGCGCCGCCCUACUGGCAGAUGGGCGUUCCUGCGCUACCUUGGAAAGGGGGCGUGUCCCCAGUAAUGGCACUCGGGUCCUGGCACGGCUGCGCCCCCAGCUGGUGUCCAGCCUGGGUCAGCCCGUCCUCACACGUCUGUCCAUCUUGCCUGAGCAUCAGGGAGGCACCUUGGUCACUGGGCGUGGCUGCCCGCUGGGCUACCACAGCAAGGAGGGGGCGUGUGUGGACGUAGAUGAAUGCCAGCUGUGGAAGCCUUGUCAGCAUGAGUGUCGGAACACCCUGGGCAGUUUCCAGUGCCUGUGCCCCCUAGGCUAUCAGCUGCUGCCCAAUGGGAGGAGCUGCAAAGACAUCGAUGAAUGCACCAUGCAGGGCAUUCAGUGUGGCCCUAAUCAGAUGUGCUUCAACACUCGAGGGGGGUACCAGUGUUUGGACACCCCCUGCCCCGCCUCGUAUCAGACAAGAGGGGCCCCAGGGACUUGUUACCGAGCCUGUUCACUGGACUGCUCCCCAGGGGGUGCCCCACUCCUGCUGCAGUACAAGCUGCUGACCCUCCCCCUGGGGAUCCCAGCCAAUCACAAUGUGAUACGCCUCUCCGCCUUCUCAGAGGGUGGGAGGCUACAGGAGCGCACGACUUUCACCAUCCUGGAGCAGGGAGGGGGUGGCGAAGGUGGGGAUGAGGCCAUUCCCGUGGGAGGGCCACAGUUUGGGAUCAGAGACGAGGCCGGGCGUGGCAUCAUAUUCACUGCGCAGCCGCUGGACUCGCCCGGGCUGGUCCGCCUGCGUGUGCAGGCCACCACAUUUUCCGCGCAGGGCCACAUCACCUACCAGAGUGUGUUCAUCAUCUACAUCUCCAUCUCCCGCUACCCAUAUUGAACCUGGUCCUACUGUUGGACUUCACGUCUAACCCACCUGAGAGUCUAGCUACCAGACCAGAUGCUGAGAGCACGUUUCUUCAACCAGACCCACAAAAACAAAUGCAGCGCGAUACUAUCAAGCAGAAUAUAAACAGUGAAUAAUUCUCUACUGGACUGAUCUCAAGGCAUUGAGAAGCAAAAAUUAAUAGUGGGAAGACUUUUUUUCUAAUUUUAUUUAAGUAGUGUUGUGCAUCUCACAUAGUACAUAAUAUUACCAUUGUUUUGUGGGAAUGCCAUGGAAUUUCUAGAUGUGAAAAUGUUUUACGUUAGUUGAGAAACCUUUUUACAGUUCUUUUUUUUUUUUCUUUGGGGAUCAGUAUUGCAGUGUCACAUUACAGUAAAAUUAUAAUUGUUUUAUGUUUAUUCAAAAGAGCAGCUGACUAAUAUUGUCACUGAAUUAUGCUAUUUUUGUCACAAGUAAAAUUGAACUAUAUUUAAGGGUAAAAAAGCAUUACUUUUUAUAUUACCAUAAGCAAAUUGUGUAUUUUUAAUGAAUUUGUCUUUGUACUGUGUUAAAGCAUUCGAGCCGGAUUGACAUGUAAAGGGAUAAUCAACUGCAACUGUGUUUUGGCUGUAUUAGUGUGGAACUACCUCUUCGACUUGGAGUUAACCACGUAAAAUGUUCAGAUGUGUUUUGCAUCAUUAAAACAUUUUAUUUUUGACAA